AUGGCAUCGACAACAGCAACCACCACUGAGGUCCUGAUCUCUGCGCAUGGAGCGCUUACUGCCCACGCAGACCUUGUAUCGCGAGUGCGUCAGUCUCAAAGAAAUCAUCGUCGUCAGAUACGAACGCUACCAUCACCUCCACACGAGUUAUUGAAGUUGCCAAUGAUCCCAUCUCCACCACCCUCUCCGUCUCCGUCACCGCCGUCCUCGCCAUCUUUGUCACCAAAUCUUGGUAGCAGGACGAACGGUCAACGUACUGAUCUUCCUCCUGCCAAACGGGCUCGCGUUGCUCAGUAUCGAAAUUACAUCCCCGAAGAAGAGACCAUACGUAACGACUAUUCACAGCGUUACGUCGAUGGUGGGGAAUGGCCGCAGAACUGGGUGUUGGGCGCUGAACCAGAGCGCAGGUUUGAAGAGUACCCAAAACAACAACGUCUUUUGAAUCUAAAGAAAGAUUCUGUGAAUACUCAUGCUCUACUAUCUUCAUAUCUCCCCUUUCAACAAUUGAACACGUUGCACCCAAAUAAAUUUGAUGUCAUCCUUCUGGAUCCACCCUUUUCGUCAUCAUUCAGCUGGGAUGAGUUACAAGAACUUCCUAUACCCUCUCUUGCCGCAGACCCCUCCUUCGUAUUCAUGUGGGUAGGUAGUGGUGCUGGGGAGGGACUAGAAAGAGGCAGGGAAGUACUCGCAAAGUGGGGCUACAGAAGAUGUGAAGAUGUUGUUUGGGUGAAAACUAACAGGAGUAAUAAUCGAGGACCAGGUACGGAUCCGCCGACUACGUCUCUGCUCACACGAACAAAGCAGCAUUGUUUAAUGGGUAUAAGAGGAACAGUGCGUCGCUCAACGGAUAGUUGGUUUGUUCACUGUAAUGUUGACACCGAUGUAAUUAUCUGGGAGGGCGAUCCUGAAGAUCCCACUCGUAAACCUCCGGAGAUGUAUACGCUCAUUGAAAAUUUCUGCCUUGGCAUGCGUCGCCUGGAACUUUUUGGGCGUGCGCGUUCUUCCCUCAGGCGUGGAUGGGUUACAAUUCUCGCUGAUGGAGAAGAGAGGCGAUUAUCUGGCGGAUUUUCCCGCUUAGCUGAUGAAGAAGGCGUUGGGAUACCUGACGGAGCCAGACCUUGGGACAAAGAGGCAUGGGAGGAGGGGAACAAAGAGCUCGCUGUGUCGGGAGGAGGAAAAUGCGUGGUGCCGAACACGCAGGAAAUAGAGGCACUCAGACCCAAGUCACCAGUGCGUAGCGGGAACCUUGGUCCCAGCGGAGGAGGGUCAAGUGGUCCCGGAAUGAAUAUGGGGGGUGGUGUAAGCGGAGGUGUGGGUGUGGGUAUAAGCAGUCCGAUGAGCGGCGGUGUCAGUAUGGGGAUCCGACCAGGCGGACAAGGGAUGGGUAUGCGCCCUGGUGGAAUGAACCAAAAUCAAAUGAUGAUGCAGCCGAUGAUGGGAAUGGGUAUGAAUGCAAUGGGCGGGAUGAACAAUCUUGGGGUUGGAGUGGAGAAUAUGAAUGGGAUGGUAGGUUGGCCUGUUAAUGCACUCGGGCUCAACAUGACUAUGGGUGCAAUGGGUAUGGGGAAUAUGGGUGCAGGAAAUCUGAAUAUGAUGGGAAUGGGAAUGGAUGGGAUGACCGGAGGCACUUUUCAUAUGCCUAAUCACAUGCAAAGGGGAGGAAUAGGGUGGGUGGGGAGUGAAGGUCAGGAGGGUGGAAUGUGGGAGGGAAAUCUAGGAGAUGGAAUGAUGAUGAUGAAUGGAAUGGGUAUGGGUAUGAGUAGUAUGGGAGGAAUGCCCAUGGCAAAUAUGGGUAUGGGUCAGUGGAACCAAGGGAGUUUUGAAGGCUUUCAAUAA